CGGGCGGCGCGAGGCGGCGGGAGCGCUGUGCCGGGCGGGCUGCUGCGGGCCGGGCUGCUGUGCCGCGGCGACAUGAGCGAGAGACAAGGAACCGGAGCUACAAAUGGAAAAGACAAGACAUCUGGUGAGAAUGAUGGGCAGAAGAAGGUUCAAGAGGAAUUUGACAUAGACAUGGAUGCGCCAGAGACAGAGCGGGCGGCUGUGGCGAUACAGUCCCAGUUCAGAAAAUUCCAGAAGAAAAAAGCGGGGUCCCAGUCUUAGUAGCUACCUCACAGCUCAAAGCAAAGUAAUCGUGAAAUGAUUUAUCAAGAAAAUCAGAAAUAACACAAAGAUGCAUGUACAGAAAUUAUCGAUAUUUAAAACCCCAUUGGCAGAUAACGAACCAUGAGCUUGUGUGUGACUUCAUCCCAGGUGUUUCACACUUAUUAUCCGCUGUAACUCACCAUUUUACUUGAUGUUGUAAUAAAAAGUUAGGGUGAAGUAAUUAAAGUGUCUGCCUUCAUCUGUCUUUUCAUAUUAAUCCUGCAACCACAGCGUUACAAAUGAACCCAGCCCAGAUGCCUGUUUUCUUCUUCACGUAAAGCUUGGAGACAUAACAGCAGCAUAUGUUGCAAGGUUUUUGCUGAGGGAUGAGAGCACACAUCUCAGCCCUGCUUACCUCAUUUGGAGAAUUCCAGCUGCCAGCCAAAUGUGACAAUAAAAUUACUUUCUUGUAAUGAGCUGAAAGGAAAAAGUUGCAGACAGAAGCUGGCAUGAGGGGAAGAGGUAUAGGAAGCAGUGAGCAGUUUAUUUUUGUCUUGCAAUUAUGCCAAUAAAGUGGCUUAAGUGGGGAAAUUGUCCCUGUCCUUCCUCUUUGCAUGAUAAUGUUCCGAAUUACUCAACCUCGACCACCUUGACUGUUUUGGGGAAAAAAAUUAAUAAAUCAGACACAAAAUACACAACCCAAUUCCAGAAACCUUUAGAAGAGUGUAAAAGGAAGAUAGAAGCUGACCCUCUAAACUCUCUUUUUGAUGCAGCUUUUCACUCUCUACAUAAUCAGUAACUAUUUCUGUGCCAUCUCUCUCAUAUAUUAUUUUCAGUAUUUGAUGAAUAAAUCAUAACAGACUCCCUAUCUCCAUUUGCACUAUUCUGUAUUCAACUUUAUAUGAGCCCCUUUAUCACUGUAUUAGCCCAUUGAUUAAAAAGCAGCCACAAGAAUGUCUGUCUUAAAUUGGGAAUUAUUUCUAUUUUCUCCCUGUUUUAAAACAGUAACAGACCAGUUUCAGGCUGGAUCUAAGUAAGGAUCUUGCCUAGCUUCAGACCUGAUCAGGAAUUGGCUGCCCAUAUAGUGCACAAAGAGAGUUCAGAAAAGGUUUGAACAAGUACCUUGUGCUGAGAAAAAGGAGCUAUUUGACUUGAGCAAGUGAGACAUGCACUACACAGAGAUGUGUAAAAAAUCUCAUCUUCUUGGCUUCAUCAGCAGAUUUAGGGGUUCCAGUAGGCAUCUUUGUCUCUAGGGAAAUUGGAGACAGAAGCGUUUUCUGAAGGACUGGUGCUGGCAGUGGUUCUCCAAGAAGGCAGCAUGAUCCUCACCUCCAGGCUGAGAGGCAGGCGUACCAAGUUAUGACAGCCUGCCUGCCUUUGAACAGCCCGGAGUUGUGGCUCCUUCAGGUGUGAGACAUUCAGGUAUAAUUCCCAACUCUGCCUAGAGGGAUUCAUUUCUUCCUCUCCCACCUCCCACGGGACUAUUCUGGUCAUCAAGGCUAAGGACACAUGUAUCAUUAGUCCCCUCGUGUAAACAGAAAACCAAGGGGUAGGAAUAGAGGGAAAGGAAGGUUCUUACACUGGUGGCAAUUCCUUCCCAGGAGAGCCCACCAUAGCAGCAACACUGGAGGGGUGCAGAGCUGUGCCUGAAAGGUGGGCUGCGGGACUGCAAAGGGAAGGCCCCCAGCCUCAUGCAGGUUAAGGCAUUUAUGGUGCUGGGCAGCAAUUGGGUGAGGAGCCCAAACCUGAUCAUGGGUGACAGGAGUUCUGGGACUGCCCUACGCAUGACUUACCCAUGCAUCACCUGCAAAGUCAGAGCUCUCCAAGCUGCAGCUCAGUGCUUUCACUCUAGGAGCAUAUUUUAGCAGCACUGUUUCUCUGCAUUUAGGAAUUUCACAAACAAACCUCAAUUAAUGCUGCUGUUGUGCUCAAAGUGUGGUUUGUGGAGGCCACGGAUUCCCCACUUGUCUUUCACAGAGACUGUUCACCAUAUAAUAAUUACCUUAGCAUAAUAAUUUAAAAAUUGUAAUGGGUUUGGAUUGUUUUGGUGCCAUUUUGUUUAGAUGAACAUAUAUCUGUAAUAAAGGACUGCAUUUGCGUUCUGCAUUAUGUCAUUUGAAAUAGCAUGAGCUCUGUAAUGGCUACUUAAUUGAAUAAAAACUAUGGGUAAGCACUA